UAAUCUCUUUAAUUUCUUUCUCUGCUUCGAUGGCUUCCCAUUGCAGCAGCCGCUAUUUGUUGUUCUUGUUUUUACUCUCUUACUCUCUUCCUUCUUUCUCUCUCGCCAAAGAAGCUCUACGACUUGCUCCUUUUAAUUCCAUAUACAAUUUAGGGUCUUCUUCAUCAUCAUCAGCCGUUAAUCAUAUUGCUGCAACCCUCAAUUUGCCUUCUCCACAAUCAUUCACCAAAUUACUAGGCACAGAAUUCUUCGACUCUGGUCUUAAUUUUGCGACCCCUGGAGCUACCAUCAUGAAACCCUUUUUCUUCCUCAAGAAUGGUAUCACACCACCUCCUCCGUCUCAUGAACUAUCACAGAUUGUCACAUUCAUGAAGUUCUUUUAUAAACAUUGCUUCAACUUUCAUGACUGCGCCAAAAACAAGCUUCUUCAGAAAGCCCUCAUCUUUAUGGAUCAACCCGGCGUCAACGACUACAAGCAUGCCUUCUUAAAUGGAAAAUCUAUUUCAGAGGCAUCCCAUCUCGUGCCUGAAGUGGUGGAGACCAUUAAGAAUUCAGUUGAAAGACUCAUCAAAGAAGCUGAAGCUACAACUAUUAUGGUUUCUGGAAUUGUACCCAUGGGCUGUUUUCCUGGUUAUCGGACUCUGUUUCCAGAGGGCGAUGCCAUUGGCAAAAACAGAUGCCACAGGGGACUGAAUAUGUUCUCAAUGUUUCACAAUGAUCACCUCUGGCAAGCAAUUCUGGAGCUGCGUGUAAAAUACCCUGAUGUUCACAUCAUAUAUGCAGAUCACUACAAAGCAUUCAUGGCUGUUCUUAAAAACCGCGCGUUUCUGGGAUUCAAGACAGAGAAUUUGAUGAAGGUAUGUUGGGGCAGUGGAGCUGCUGCUACGUGUUCUGAUAGGGCUUCUUAUAUACAUUGGGAUGGAUUUCAACUGACCCCAGAGGCUUUAGAGAACUUGAUUGAUACGCUGUUCAGCGAAAAAGGAUUCAUAUUUCCAGAAUUCAAGUUUGGAGAAGAAACAACAGCAGCAGUGACAAGGCGGAAUUAGAAACAUGUCUUCUAUUUUGUUAGGCAUUUACUCUUCGUCUAAGACGGUUGUUUAUAUUCAGUUAUGUCUAUGGUUUUUUUCACUAAUCUUUUGAUACAAAGGGGCAGUCAUAUUUACAAGGGAAUGCCCCUUUUAGCUUCUGUAACAACUAACUAUACUUUUGACUCUGUAUCAAAUAAACGUAUCCUGAUUGAAUUCAAACAUUAUUCUAGA